AUGGCGCCCACCUCGGGCCACUCCUCGAACCACUCGACGUCGUCCAACGGAAGCAAGCAGGCUGUUGCAGCCGCCAGGCACGAACGAACGCCCGGGACGCCGAGAAAGGAUAGCAGUAGUGGACGCGAGAGGGCGCUGCAGGAUCCGGGCCUCAAAGACUACCGUUUGGGAGAACCGCUGGGCAAGGGCGCCUUUGGAGCCGUCUACAAGGCAAUUCACUGGGGAACUGGUGAAGCCGUCGCUGUCAAGCAAAUCAAACUAGUGAACUUGCCCAAGAGCGAGCUGCGGAUGAUAGAGGCUGAGAUCGACUUGUUAAAGAACCUCCACCAUGACAACAUCGUCAAAUAUAUCGGCUUUGUCAAAUCCACUGACUGCUUGAAUAUUAUCCUCGAAUACUGCGAAAAUGGAUCUUUACAUUCGAUCUGCAAGUUGUACGGAAAAUUCCCUGAGAACCUUGUGGGAAUAUAUAUGACUCAGGUCUUACAAGGCCUGCAAUACUUGCACGACCAAGGUGUUAUACAUCGGGAUAUCAAAGGCGCCAAUAUCCUCACGACCAAGGAUGGCAAAGUCAAGUUGGCAGAUUUUGGUGUGUCGACGAGCACUCUCUCAGGGCCCGACAAGGAACAUCAAGUAGUCGGAACUCCGUAUUGGAUGGCCCCAGAAAUCAUUGAAUUGUCCGGUGCCACACCGGCCUCGGAUAUCUGGAGUCUGGGUUGUACCGUCAUCGAGCUACUUCAAGGCAAGCCGCCAUAUCACCACUUACAGGCAAUGCCCGCUCUGUUUGCUAUAGUCAACGAUGACCAUCCUCCGCUGCCGGAAGGCGUUUCUUCGGCUGCUCGUGACUUUUUGAUCCAGUGUUUCCAAAAAGAUCCAAAUCUUCGAGUAAGUGCAAAGAAGUUACUCAAACACAAUUGGAUUGUGGGUUGCCGCCGGAGUGACGCUCCUGUGGCCAAGGCACCUGGAAACUUCAGCCAGGCUGUUGAGGAGGUCAAACAAUGGAACAAGGCACUGGACUCGGACUCACAUUCCCAUUUGCGUGCUUCAACGGGAUCGAAUCCCACCGAAGCUUUGCACCCUCGCUUAGGGCCUCGCUUUGCUGUACCAGAGCAGACAACGCGGCUCUCUACGCCUGCCAAAGGAAUUCUGUCGUUGGCAAAACCGAGACCAAUAGCGGAGGAAUAUCUUGCUCCUGAGCUUGACGAUGAUGAUAACUGGGAUAACGAUUUCGUCACAGCCAUUUCUCCUACUGCAUUGCAACUUCCUCACAUUAAGCCUCAGGAUCAUUUUGGGGGCUUACUCUCGACGGACAGAAUCAAGCAAUUCGCCACCAGCACUUCUUCGCGGGAAACCUCGGGCAAUUGGGACGAUUCAAAUGUUGGCGAGAUGAUGACCAUGAGAAAGAAUAGCGUUCAGGAAGAGGACCCACAGGAGAAGACAAUUCGACCACAUUGGAAAAUGCCCCCAAAGCCGCGAAAGUAUUCCGAACCUGAGCCACAACCAAGGAGGAAAUCAUCGUCCACGCCCAGGAGGCGGCCUGCUACAAGCCAUCAGAGACCAAAAUCACAGGGCAAAGGACUGGAGGCCAAGUUCGAAUUGCCAUCGAGGCCGAAUGCUCUUGCGUUUAGGGAACACUCCAUUGAAGAUUAUUCCGACGUCUUUGGCAACGACGAACACGACCAAUUCGUCUUUAAUCAGAGGGUUGGUCAGAUGAAGAAGCCUGAAUCCCCUCAGCUAUUCCAUCCUUCUGACCUCAAGAGCCUGCCACGGUCAACUUAUACACCCCCUGGCGGAAGUCUUCGAAGACAGGCUGCCUCCCGGCCGUCGGUGCUUCCGGAUCGACAGUUGCAAGGAACAAGUUCCAACAUUGAAAUCCAGCGAUUUGCUGAAGAUGAGGACGAUGAAGACUUUUCAGACAUGUUCGGGCCUACUGAUAAAAUUGUCGAAAAGCCCGAGAGUGACCGCGCCUCCGAAGCGGGCGGCUUGAUGGUUCUUUCCAAGCUGUCUAAUAACUCAUGGCUGGGGGAUGAGGAAGAUGAAGACGACCCCUUUGCAUCUAUGGAUCCCGGUUGGGACGAGAUGGAUUUUGAAGCAAACGUUGCCCGUGAUCGGCAUGCAAGACUUACCGAAAAGACCGAAGAGUUGGUCCGCUCCAUCAAGACUAUUGAUGGAGAGGAUAGAUUGUCGGAGUUGUCGGAAGAUUUGUUGACGCUGUUAUGGGAAAAUGCCGAGGUCAAAGACCUGAUUAUCAGCGCCCAUGGUCUUCUUCCAAUUCUCGAAUUGCUGGAACCGUGUACGAUCAAGAGUCAGCAGCAUAUGAUCCUGCAACUCUUGAAGGUGGUCAACACGAUUAUCUUGGAUGAUGUCGAGCUUCAAGAGAACCUCUGUUUCGUCGGCGGAAUCCCUAUCAUAACCAAAUUUGCGGCAAGGCAAUACUCGAACGAAAUUCGGCUGGAGGCGGCUGCCUUUGUUCGCCAGAUGUACACGACAUCCACACUGACAUUGCAAAUGUUUGUCAGUGCUGGUGGUCUCAAUGUUUUGGUCGAAUUCCUCGACGAAGACUAUGAUGGCGCCCGUGACCUUGUCCUUAUUGGCGUCAAUGGUAUCUGGAAUGUAUUUGAACUUCAGGGACCUACGCCUAAGAAUGAUUUUUGUCGGAUUUUUGCCAGGAACAAGAUUCUCGACCCAUUGGCACUGGUACUACACAGGGUCUUGGACGAAGACGAUGGAGAUGAGCUAAAGGAGCUCGUUGAGGGCCGGAUAGUGAAUAUCUUUUACCUGUUCUCGCAGGCUGAGAAUUACGUAAAGGAGAUGGUUGCAAACCGGCAGGUGCUCAAGAGCGUUCUGAGAGAUCUUCGAAGGAUGACUCCGGCGCAUCAAAUCACCAUGCUCAAAUUCAUCAAGAACUUGUCAAUGUUGUCAACUACCCUUGACGCUCUCCACUCGGCCGACGCCAUUGAUGCACUCAUUGACAUCCUCGGCUUGAGCAUGAAGAAGGGCCACCCACACUUUCGCGAAAUCUGCAACCAAGUUCUCAACACCAUGUUCAACCUCUGUCGUCUGAACAAGGACCGCCAAGAAGAUGCCGCCGUCAACGGUAUCAUCCCAUUGCUCAUGAAGAUUAUGAAAACCGAGCGACCACCCAAGGAAUUUGCGCUACCGAUCCUCUGCGACAUGGCGCAUUCCGGCAGCAAGGGCAGGCGCUUUCUUUGGCAGAACAAGGGUCUGGACCUAUAUGUGUCUCUUCUUGCAGACCAGUAUUGGCAGGCCACCGCCCUUGAUGCCAUUUUUGUGUGGCUUCAAGAUGAGACUGCUCGGGUUGAAGACCAUCUUAUCAACGGCAACUUUACCGACGCCAUUGUAGCUUGCUUCAAUACCCAUAAAGUCAAUGCCUUUGAUCCCAACCUUGUCGAGCCGCUUCUCAAAUUGCUUCGUCUCAGUCCCUCCUUAUCAUCGUCACUGGCGAGGCCUGAGAUGUUCUCGGGGAUAGGACAAAAGCUAAACCACAAGAAGGCUGUGGUUCGACUAAACCUUCUCCGUCUUGUACGGAACAUAUUAGAUGCCCGCGAUACGGGAUAUCUCGAUGGCCUACGGGACAGACACCUCCGAUCACUGCUGGAUGCAAUUCAAAUUCUUGCAGACAAGGACUCUGCGGUGCUAGUCCGGAACCUGGCUUCCGAAUUAGUCAAGUCGCACAUCAACGGUGAGCCAGAUAGUGGCUUGCAACCACCACUUUCAAUGCUGGCGCCGUCUUCGUCGUCUGGGCACAGCCGCCCUCGUUCGAGCGGCAGACGGAUAUAUACACCCCCGUCUCAUCAUAGUUCCCAGUCAACACCUAUGACGCCAACAUCAUCCCAUCGGUCGUCACAGGCUGCUUAUAUCGAGGUCGCCGCAUCUCCUAGGCGUAGGACAGCAGUCCCACAAGAUCUCGAAACUACUGGAUAUAGACCACGCAGCCGUGAUGGAGGUGGCUUCCCCAUAUCGGCUUUGCCACGUCGUGUCAGCACAGAUCAAGGCGUCACCGCCGUUAAUGCUGCGGGGGCAGUGACUAAGAGCAGGCUUCCAAGAAACUCCAUAAUCCAUGCCUAUCAGAAUGGGAGCGAAUCAUCUUCUGCAAGGAGCAGAAGUGACAUGGUGGCCAAGGGCAUACUCGUGAGGGCUCUGGGGAUGGGAAAACCAGACGAAGGCCAAGUGAAGCAAACGUAA